AUGCCUUUUAUCGGCGGAGACGACGAACUGCCGGACAUUACCGCAGAAACCAGCGAGCAGCGACUGUAUCGUGAUGCCCAGCGCUAUCUUCGUUCCGGCAACUAUCAACAGGCCAUUGGCCAGCUGGAAUUACUGGAGGCACGCUUUCCCUUUGGCCGUUACGCUGAACAGGCUCAACUGGAACUGAUCUACGCACGCUAUCAGUCAUUUGAUCUGGAUGGCGCAACGGCGGCAGCGGAUCGUUUUAUUCGCCUGCAUCCCCAACAUUCGAAUAUCGAUUAUGCUUUCUAUAUCAAAGGCUUAUCCGGCAUUAGUAAAAACGAAGGGUUGAUGGAUAGACUGUUCGAAAUAGAUAUCUCCAAACGUGAUAUGGCACCCAUGCGAGCGGCCUACGCCGACCUGGGCCAGUUAUUGGCCCGCUAUCCGAACAGUCAAUAUGCUCCGGAUGCAACUCAGCGCAUGAUCUAUCUGCGCAACAUCCUCUCCCGCGCCGAGAUUGCGGUCGCCGACUACUACAUGCGGCGCGGCGCGUUCAUUGCCGCGGCAAACCGCGCUCGAUACGUACUUGAGACCUAUCCUCAAUCAGAGGCGACGGACGAAGCGCUGCUGGUCCUGGUGGAGAGCAAUUAUCGGCUCGGUUUACAGGACGAAGCCAACAACGCCCUGCGCAUUCUGUCGCUGAACUAUCCGCAACAUCCAGCUUUCGACGAAGGUGCCACCACCGCUUCGAAUCGUAUCGAACGCCGGCGCGUGGCCCUGAGCACCGGCCUGCUGAACAUCUAUAACUAUUACCGGAUGUUCAUCGGCCUGGCGAUUCUGGUGGCCUACCAGCAGGAUCUGUUUGCAACGAAACUCGGUUCUUUAGAGCCCCGCCUGUUUCUAAUCACCGCAGUCAUUUACACCGGCGUAAAUGUCGCAUCAGCACUAUUCCACCGUUUUGUACCCAGAGCCUGGGGACAGCAGCAGAAUUUAAGCCUCGGUCUGGUAAUUUUUGAUGUCUUGUCCCUGACGGUCAUCAUGUUUACCUCAGGCGGUAUCAGCAGUGGCGUCGCAGCGCUGAUCCUGAUCACCGUCGUCACCGGCGCAAUUUUAGUCACGGGGCGUCGUGCCACCUUCAUCGCUGCCCUGGCCAGCAUUGCAGUGCUGUACGAAGAGUUCUACCUGCGCAUUUCCACCAGCAAUGCUAACGACGAUUUUCUGCAGGCAGGAAUUUUUGGGGUCAUCUAUUUCGCGGCAUCGUUUACGAUUCAAAGACUGUCCAAUCGGAUUCGUCAGAAUGAUAUCCGCGCACUGACCCAGGCUGUGGAACUUGCGGAUCUGGAACGCCUCAAUCGACAGAUCAUCCAGCGCAUGCGUACGGGUAUUAUCGUCGUCGAUCAGAACAACGAUGUGCGCAUGCUCAACCAGUCAGCCCGCGCUUUAAUGGGCACGCAAAGCGAAGACAAUCUCGAUCAUUUACCCGCCCCGCUAAAUGAUGCGUUAAGCGCCUGGCGCGCCAACACGGAUCGUCGUGAGCAACCCUUCCAGAUUUCCGCAACCGCACCUGCGAUCCGGGCCAACUUCUCGGCGGUACGCAACGACGACGCCAAUGGCGACGUGACCAUUUUUCUGGAAGACACAGGCGAGAUCCAGCAACAGGCUCAACAGCUCAAACUGGCGGAGCUGGGCCGUCUGUCAGCCAGCAUUGCUCACGAGGUACGUAACCCAUUGGGCGCUAUCUCCCAUGCCGCUCAGCUGCUUAACGAAUCCGAAGAGCUGCAACCCCCUGAUCAACGUCUGACAGACAUCAUCAUCAGCCACUGUCAUCGUAUGAAUGGCGUGGUUGAAAACGUUCUGGAAAUGUCACGUCGGGCCAGACCCGAGCCUCAGCGGGUGAAUCUGCUCGACCAUCUAAAGGAGUUCUCGGAGGCAUUCUGUCAGUCCCAGCCGGAGGCCAGGCUGGAAAUUGCAGUGACGCCUGCAACGACAGAAAUACGCAUGGAUCCUAAUCAGCUCAGUCAGGCACUUACCAAUCUCGUCGACAACGGCAUUCGCUACUCAAAAGAGAAUGGCAAUGGUCCAACGGUGCGUUUGGAAGGGGGUAUGGACCCAGGCUCCGGUCGCCCAUUCUUAAACAUUGUGGAUAACGGUCAAGGCGUCGAGGACGAACUGGUUGACAGCCUGUUUCAGCCGUUCACAACCUCUUCGCGCAAAGGCACCGGUCUGGGCCUGUACCUGUCCCGGGAGUUGUGCGAAUCAAACCAGGCGCAAUUAAACGGACAGAUCAAGGUUAUAAAAACCAUGGCUCUUAAACGCGCACUUAUCAUCGAUGAUGAACCCGACAUACGUGAAUUGUUAGAGAUCACCCUCGGCCGCAUGAAACUGGAAACCGUGACCGCCGCAGAUCAGGCGGAGGCGCUGGCGCGACUGGGCGAACAGACAUUUGACUUGUGUUUGACGGACAUGCACUUACCCGAUGGUAACGGCUUGGAGAUUGUUGAACACAUCAACCUGCACUACCCGGACCUGCCCGUCGCGAUGAUCACUGCAUUUGGCAGCAUGGAUACCGCCAUUGCGGCAUUAAAAGCAGGUGCUUUUGACUACCUGCAGAAACCCAUUGACCUUGAACAGCUGCGCAGCCUGAUUGACUCCGCGCUGAAAAUGAGCGAUCUGCAGGAGAAUACGGACCCUGAAGCGGACGACAGUUUACUUGGACAGUCCGCAGCAAUGGGUCGUCUGCGACAGCAGAUCAACAAGCUGGCGCGAAGCCAGGCACCUAUUUACAUCAGCGGCGAGUCAGGCUCGGGUAAAGAAGUGGCCGCACGUAUGAUUCAUUCUCAGGGGCCACGCAGCGCUGGCCCAUUCAUACCUGUCAACUGCGGCGCUAUCCCAUCGGAACUGAUGGAAAGUGAAUUUUUUGGCCAUGUUAAAGGUAGUUUUACGGGUGCAGUCAGCGACAAGGAAGGCCUAUUCCAGGCGGCAGGCACAGGAACGUUAUUCCUUGAUGAGGUCGCCGACCUGCCGCUGGCCAUGCAAGUGAAGCUGUUACGCGCGAUACAGGAAAAAGCCGUUCGCCCGGUGGGUUCCCAGAGCGAGGACCUUACCGACGUGCGUAUCUUAUGUGCAACCCAUAAAGAUUUAAGCCACGAGGUCGACAGCGGCCGCUUUCGGCAGGAUCUAUAUUAUCGCCUCAACGUCAUCGAGCUGCGCAUCCCGGCGCUACGCGAACACCUUGACGACAUCCCUGAGCUGGCCAAUGCCUGCCUGCAACGCCUGGCACAGGAAUACGGCAGCAGUGCACCAGUGGUAACUGACGACGCGCUGGCCACGCUCCUGCAGUAUUCUUUUCCAGGCAACGUUCGUGAACUGGAAAACGUACUUGAGCGCGCAUUUACCCUGUGUGAAAACAAUCAGAUUGCGCCAGCGGAUCUACAAUUGGCUAACACUCACAGUGCUGCACCGCCACCAGCUGCCGCUGAACGUCGUCAAGACAAGCCAUUUAUUGAAACACCUGAUGAAGUCUCCGAGCAGCUUGCAGAAGCAGGCGAUGACAGUAUUACUCUGCCGCCUGGAGUCAGUCUGGAGGACUAUCUGGAAGGUAUUGAACGAGCGCUGAUUACCCAGGCGCUGGACGCCAAUCGCUGGAAUAAAACAGCCGCCGCAAAGGACCUGGGUAUUACCUUCCGAGCGUUGCGCUAUAAACUGAAAAAGCUCGACCUGGAAUAA